AUGUUUGGACGUCGGAAUCCUCGCUUCUGGUUUUUGAACUGUUGUGUGUCGCCCCAAUCUGAGGUAUGGCUGAUUUUUUUGUAUUAUCUUGAUUGUUUUAGUGGUGUUUGGUUUAAUUUUUGUUUUACUUUAUUUUGAUCGUUUUAGAUACCUAAAAGUUUGCUUCAAAGUGUCAUAUUAUGCUUUAAUGUUGCCUUUUGCCAAAGGAUUUUUGCUUUAAAGUAUUUUUCCAGAUAGCACGAGUACGAAUCGACCGGUCAAUGAUCUCAGGACCAACGGAUUUCCGACAUAUUGUACAUCUUGGUGCUGACGAUUUAGGAUGUGUAAGAUUUUGAUAAUUUUUUAUGUUUUGAUUAAGGAUUUGAACCUCAAUUCUCAUUGUAAAAAUGCUGUUUUAGUCAGCAAAUAGGACGACGACGCUAUUAGCAUCAAAAGGGGACGACGAGUUUCAAAUGAACGUUCCAAUCAAUAUCAGGGCAAAUGAUAUUCCGAUUCAAGGUAAAUUUCUUCUAGAUGUAGCUAUUUUUAAAUAGUUUUUACGUAAUUUUUUUAUAACUUGACCUAGCUUUUAAAUUUUUUUAAAACCAUGUUCUUUGUUAUUAUUGUAUGUCAAAUGACUUUUGUGAUAUCACAAGAAGACCUUUAUGGAUUGUAAACCCUUUUUUUGACAAUUUUGAUAAGAGGUAUCGUCUUGUAAACUUGUCAAAAACAUACUUUUUAUAGUUUCACUGAUAACAAUGUUAUAGUACAAAGAUACAGUAGGAAAUAGUUAGUUUAUAGUACAAAAGAUACAGUUGCUAGCUUUAAUAUUACUGUACGAUACUACUGUAGAAAUUAUUUAUAUCAAUUUGUUUUUACCUACUUUAUCUUCCCCUACCCUGCGAUAAUUUGUCCUAGCAUAUUUAUUAAAGAAACAGGAAGACAAGCUUUGAGAGUAUCUUACUGUAACUUCUUGUUGUAAAACACGGUAUUUUUUACUUAGAAUUUUUAUUUUCAGCAGCUUCCGCUUAA